AUGGAGAUGGGGGAAAAAGUUAUGAAUUCUGCACUGAGUGUGUCUGUGCUGCGAGACGUGGUUACACGUCUGAGGCUCAAGAACAACCAUGUGUUCCGGUUGUUGAACAUUAAUCCGAACUCCAAGCCCGUUCUACUGUUUCUGGUGUCGAUAUCCUCGAGUUCUUUGAUCGUUUUGGUUUACAAUCUGAUGAAAGUGGUAAACUAUACGAAACAGCGGAUAUUUGACAAGCCAGAGAUGAGUUCUCCUCGGCGGCAGUUCUACAACAAGUCGACAGAGUGUCGAGAAAUCAAUGUUCCUUACAAAAACCGCAACCUCAAGGUUAAAAUCGAUAGAAUGAAUCAAGAUAGAUACGAACAUGACAAGUUGACUUUUAAGAGGUUCACUCGGGAGAAUGGAUCAGAAGGUAUCAGCGAGCUCGUUGUUGAAUCCAAGUUUUUGAAGAAACUGUUUGUUAUCUGGCGACUGGUGCUAAUACCCAAAGUGCUUCAUCCAAAUAGCACAAUACUAUUAGGCCAGUUGCUUUGCCUUAUUGCGCGCACAUGGAUGAGUUUAUUGGUGACAAAGUUGGACGGUCAGAUUGUGAGAGACCUUAUUGGCUUGAGGGGCAGAUCGUUCUUGAGAGGAAUAAUUUAUUGGUUUCUGUUUGCGUUCCCUGCUUCCUACAUCAAUUCAGGUAUCAAGUUCUUGACUCAUAGACUGGCUUUGAACUUCAGAACUAAUUUGGUCAGAUACUGUCACGACCUUUACAUGGAUCCAAGAAUGGUCUACUACAAGAUGCAGUUUAAUGGUAACCAAUCGGAAAUGUACAAGAUGGACUCUAAUUACAUCGAUCAGUACAUGACAGAGGAUAUCAAGAAGUUCAGCAAUUCUUUAGCAUCCAUGUUUUUGAACGUGGGCAAACCAACAGUCGACUUGAUUUUCUUUGCUGUUUAUCUGCGUGACAACAUUGGAAGCAUAGGAAUAGCAGGUAUACUGAUGUGCUAUUUCUUCACGGGCUCCUACUUGAAGAAACAUUCUCCAAAUUUCAACAAGAUCUGGAAAACAAAAACCCAUCUCGAGGGCAUAUACUACAACUACAACUUGAACUUGAUCAAGAAUUGCGAGGAGAUCUCUUUUUAUCAGGGAACAGUGAUCGAGAAGAAUAAAGUUCAUAAGAUCUUCAACAAUCUGCUUUCGCAUUUUACAACAGAGAUCAACGCCAAGUUCCACUACGGCUUACUCGAGGAAUACAUUCUCAAGUACGCAUGGCCUGCAUUUGGAUACUUUUUCUCCGGUCUUCCUAUUCUGCUCAACUACAACUUGAGCGAGUCAGAUAGCAUCAAGAGUUUUAUUGUCAAUAAGCGACUGAUGCUGAGCAUGGCCGACGCUGGGUCGAGAUUAAUGUACUCGAUUAAAGAUUUGAGCAGUCUGAGUGGAGUGACCGACCGUAUUUUCACGUUGUUGCUAAAUCUACAUCAAGCACAUGAUCAAAACUUUCAAUACGGACUUGGUGUCAACGGAUUUGGCUCCCAGCUGAAGUUCACAUCGUUUGCUUCGCGCUCGAUCCUGUAUCCAAAUGCUCAGGCGGGUAUCAACGGAACUAUUCAGACAUCAUAUCCUGGCCUAAGAUUUGAGCAGAUCCCAGUUAUCGUUCCAUCCAGCGAGGGAGCAAACGGUACAAAGCUUCUUAGCAGACUGACAUUCAAGAUCAACCAGGGCGAGAAUUUGUUGAUUUUGGGCCGCAACGGUAUUGGAAAGACCUCUAUCUUGCGUCUGAUCUCUGAGCUAUGGCCGCUCUACGAUGGUCUUUUAUCCAAGCCUUCGCCAAACGACAUUUUUUAUGUCUCGCAAAAAUCGUAUCUGUUCAACGGAUCCCUGAGAGAUCAAAUAAUUUACCCAUUGAGCCAGAUUCAGAUGCUCGAGAAGGGAUACUCCGAUGAGGAUCUUGAAGGCUACUUGAACGACGUUGGACUUGGGUAUCUGUUGGACAGAUUUGGCAGUCUAGACUACCAUCCAAACGAAACUGCUACCAUGCUGAGCGACGAGCUUAUAGUCAAUGAUAAGAAGGUUAAAAUUUACAACUCCAAUCUUGGGUUUGGAGAUGGAAAGAAGAAUUGGGAUACGUUACUGAGUGGAGGAGAAAGACAGAAACUGAUCAUUGCCAGAGUGCUAUUCCACCAAAAACGGUUUGUGAUACUUGACGAGCCAACAAACGCUAUCUCGUACGACUACGAGGACGCAAUUUUCGAGAUGAUGAAGGCCAAGAAAUUCACCUUUAUCACCAUCAGUCAUCGUGAAACGUUGAUCAAAUACCACGACUACCUGCUACAGUUGAACAGUGCGAACAGCUUUGAAUUUAAAAAAGUUGAUGGCGGGCUUCGAACGUUUGACAACGUCGAGAAGGAGAUUGAUUUUCUGAAGAGCGAGCUUUCAGAUCUGGAACAGGUCAAGGAGCGCAAGAAGGAACUAGUAAGCCUGCUCAGCGGCAGCGAGGAGUGA